UACGAUGGCGAUGCAUAAUACUUUCCACAAUUUGUUCUACUAAAUCGAUGAAAUUUAUCCGAUUUUAGGAAAGUUUAUUAAUUUUCUCGCACAACAAUCGUAUUGAUUUAGUUUUAUAUAUUUAUACUGUGUCCAGAAGUUCCUGAACGACGUCCACAAACACACCAGAUUAAUUUUGAUAAUUCCGUUUUUUUUUUUGAAAUAUGUCAGCGAAAGCGAUCAGCGAAGCGACAGGAAAAGGUAUUAUAAAUGAUCAUUUAAAAAACACAGCGGCGGCCAAAUGUCGUUACGCCAUCGUCAACGAAGACACCAAAUGGGUCGACUUGAAAGCCGAAAAUCCCUGGCUGGAAACUGAACCUUUAGUCGCCAAACCAGAUCAAUUGAUCAAGAGACGUGGUAAAUUGGGUUUGAUUAAAGUGAAAACCGAUAUUAAUGGCGCUUCUCAAUGGAUCCAAGAACGAUUGGGAAAAGAUCAAAAGAUUGGUAAAGCAACCGGAAAGCUAAAAAAUUUCAUCAUCGAACCGUUCGUUCCUCAUAAACAGGAAGAAGAAUUCUACGUUUGUAUAUAUUCUCACCGUCAUGCGGACACUAUCUUGUUCUAUCACGAAGGUGGUGUCGAUAUCGGCGAUGUCGAUUCUAAAGCUGCUAAAUUGGAAGUACCCGUUGAUACGGAAAUCGACGAAAGCAUAAUUUCAUCUAAAUUAUUAACCAACGUACCGGCUGCUAAAAAACAAAUGGUGGCGACAUUUGUGAAUAAUUUAUACAAAAUGUACGUAGAUUUAUAUUUCACGUAUUUGGAAAUAAAUCCUUUGGUUGUGACCGAUAAUGCCAUCUAUAUAUUGGACUUGGCGGCUAAAUUAGACGCUACAGCUGAUUUUAUAUGCCGUACUAAAUGGGGCAAAGUGUUCUAUCCUCCACCAUUCGGACGUGAUGCUUUCCCCGAAGAAGCUUACAUUGCUGAUCUCGAUUCGAAGAGCGGUGCUUCCCUUAAACUGACUAUUUUGAACAAGAAAGGCAGAAUUUGGACCAUGGUUGCCGGCGGUGGAGCUUCGGUCAUUUACAGUGAUACGAUCUGCGAUCUCGGUGGUGCCAGUGAAUUGGCCAACUACGGUGAAUACAGCGGUGCUCCGUCCGAACAACAAACUUACGAAUACGCUAAGACUAUUUUAUCUUUGAUGACUCAAGAAAAACAUCCUGAUGGAAAAGUUUUAAUUAUCGGAGGAGGUAUUGCUAACUUCACAAACGUAGCUGCCACUUUCAAAGGUAUCGUAACCGCGUUGACCGAAUUCCAAAGUAAAAUUUUAGAAAAUAAAAUCACCAUUUAUGUGAGAAGAGCCGGACCAAAUUACCAAGAAGGUCUAAGAAUUAUUCGCGAUGUCGGUCAGUCGUUGAAAAUACCUAUUUUCGUUUUCGGACCUGAAACCCAUAUGACUGCUAUUGUUGGUAUGGCUUUGGGAAAACGUCCCAUUCCCAAAGAAACUGAACAAGAAUUCGCCACCGCUAAUUUCUUAUUACCUGGCGGACAAAAUUCAAAUUCGUCGUCGAAAAGUCCAAAGAGUGAAAUAAACGGAAUCUCGAAAUCCGGCAGCGCUUCUCCAGAGGCAAAAUUUAACGCCAAAAAUGACGUCGCUCCUUUAAACAGCGUCCCUUUAUUUAGCAAAUCAACCAGAUCUAUUGUCUAUGGUAUGCAAAAUAGAGCUGUACAGAGUAUGUUAGAUUUCGAUUUCGUCUGCCGGCGCCCACAACCAUCGGUCGCUUGCAUUGUAUAUCCGUUCACCGGAGAUCAUAAAUUGAAAUUCUACUGGGGACAUAAAGAAGUGCUGAUCCCAGUAUACAAGCACAUGAAAGACGCUAUGACCAAACAUAAGGAUACUGAUGUCAUGGUCAACUUCGCCUCAUUGCGUUCGGCUUACGACAGUACCAAAGAAGCUAUGUCUUUCCCACAGAUAAGAACGAUCGCCAUCAUCGCUGAAGGUAUCCCUGAAAACAUGACCAGGAAACUGAUAUUGGAAGCUAAUCAAAAGAACGUUAAUAUCAUCGGACCAGCUACCGUCGGUGGCUUGAAACCAGGUUGCUUCAAAAUUGGUAACACCGGUGGUAUGAUGGAUAACAUCUUACAUUCGAAAUUAUACAGACCUGGAAACGUUGCCUAUGUCUCUCGUUCGGGUGGUAUGUCCAACGAAUUGAACAAUAUCGUCUCCAAAGCUACCAACGGCGUGUACGAAGGUGUCGCCAUCGGAGGUGAUCGUUAUCCUGGAACGAAUUUCAUGGAUCACAUCAUGAGAUAUCAGCAAGAUCCUGAAAUCAAAAUGAUCGUCUUGCUCGGUGAAGUCGGCGGUACCGAAGAAUACGACGUCUGUGCUGCUCUUCAAGACGGCAGAAUCACCAAACCUUUGGUCGCCUGGUGUAUAGGAACUUGCGCAAGCAUGUUCACCUCCGAAGUACAAUUCGGACACGCUGGAUCGUGCGCUAAUUCCGAUAGCGAAACAGCGGUUGCUAAAAACGCAGCUUUACGUGCCGCUGGUGCCAAUGUUCCUGAUUCGUUCGACAGUCUGGGCGAUGUUAUCCAAGACGUUUAUAAUAAAUUAGUAGAAGACGGCACCAUUGUACCGCAGCCGGAAGUACCACCUCCGACCGUGCCAAUGGAUUAUUCGUGGGCUAGGGAGUUGGGAUUAAUACGCAAGCCAGCCUCCUUCAUGACCAGUAUCUGCGAUGAAAGAGGUCAAGAAUUGUUGUACGCUGGCAUGCCUAUUACCGACGUAUUGAAAACGAAUAUGGGUAUUGGUGGUGUUAUUUCGCUGCUGUGGUUCCAAAGAGCAUUACCCCCGUACGUAUGUAAAUUCUUCGAAAUGAGCUUGAUGGUUACCGCUGAUCACGGUCCGGCUGUAUCCGGAGCUCAUAACACCAUCGUUUGCGCUCGUGCUGGAAAAGAUUUAGUAUCUUCAUUGGUUUCUGGUCUUCUAACUAUUGGAGAUCGUUUCGGUGGAGCUUUGAACGGAGCAGCUAAACAAUUCAGUGAAGCUUAUGAUUCUGGUUUGAAACCAAUGGAAUUCGUUAACGAAAUGCGUAACAAAGGACAGCUUAUUAUGGGUAUCGGACAUCGUGUAAAAUCUAUUAAUAAUCCAGAUAUGCGUGUGAAAAUCAUCAAAGAUUUCGUAUUACAAACCUUCCCAGCUACUCCAUUGCUGCAGUAUGCCUUGGAAGUAGAAAGCAUUACUACUUCGAAAAAACCUAAUUUAAUUUUGAACGUUGACGGUGUUAUUGCUGUCGCUUUCUGUGAUUUAUUGAGACACAGCGGUGCUUUCACGAGAGAAGAAGCUCAAGAAUACAUCGAUAUGGGCUCGAUUAAUAGUUUAUUCGUACUCGGAAGAAGUAUCGGUUUUAUUGGUCAUUACUUGGAUCAGAAACGUCUGAAACAAGGACUCUACCGUCAUCCUUGGGACGAUAUUUCGUACGUGUUACCGGAACAGUACAAUUAAAAUGUUUAAGUAUAUAAAUAGCUUUAUCUUGAACAGAACUUCCUUUCGCUAGGCUUCUUAUAUAAAUUUCGUCUUCGAUCAAACAUUUAAUUAAAGCAAGAUAAUUCAUUUUGUUAGAUUAGUUUUUCGUUAGAUGUGCAAUUUAUUAACUUUCGCGGAUGUUUGAAAAACCCUAAAGAAAAAAAAACAAUGAAAUUGUGUGUAAUGAUUUAUAUAUCUUAUACUUGAUACAUUCCUCGUCUGUGUGUGAAUAUAUACGUAUUGUGUAGACAAGGUAUUUACUUUUACUGCGAACCUGUUUCAAAAUAUUCGGUUGUGCGAUGCUUUCUUCUUCUGAUUUUGAAAAAAAAAAGAAACAUAUCAAUUUUAUAUAAGUGUUUUUAUUUUUUAAAAAAAGUAAAAAAAAGGAUAAAAUUUUUAAUUCCAAACAGCAUUUUUUUGUUUUAAAUUUUGAAUUGCGUGUCAGCGUGUAUAUAUAUUUAUAUGACAGUAGUAUGUAAUGUACUCUGAACAGGUUUCUUUUUUAGUCCGUGUAACAUUUUUUAUGUAUCUAAUUUUGUAUAUUUUAUAUUUCCGCGCCUAUAAUUUAUUUAACGAUAGCAAUAUGAGUAAAUGUACUUAGUAUAAUAUUUUUGUUUUUGUAUUUAUUAUGCGCUGUUUUAUUUGUAGUUUGGAACUUGUGUAAAAAAAAACAUGUUGAACGUAGGAACCGUAUUAAGAUAUUAUAUUAAAGUCACUAAUUGUUAACUUUUAAACAGAUUUAUGCUUUUUGAAUUUUGUGAAAAAUAAAAUAUUUUUUACGUU